UAUUAUGGUAUUGCUCCUGUAAUCGUCCUCCUUUACAGCUGUCUGUCAGUUUGCGGUACAAAUGCAGGGAGUUGCAAAGCUGUAUGUUGAACACUUGCCUGAUACAGGUGGAGGGCAGACCAGCUGACUCAGGGGCAGGAGGAGGGGCGGCCAGGCAGGCUGGUAGGCAGGCAGGCAGGCAGGCGGGCAGGCGAACAGCUCGGCUAGUUUGCUUGCUGCUCAUUAGCUGCCUCCUCCACAGACAGCCGACCGGAACGGAGUGAACCUGCGACGCGGGCAGCCACAGCUGAGCCCCGGGCAGCCUCCAGCCAGCCGCCGGGCAGCUCAGCCCGAGCAAGCUAACAAGCUAAUUUUACUCUUUUAUUACAGUAGCUGCAAAUUCUGCAAUUCUGGCGGGCCAAAUUAAAUCAGAGUACUUCAACUAUUUGAUUUAGCUGCGUUUUAAAACAUGUCUAUAUUACCGUUCACUCCUCCAAUUGUGAAGAGGCUCCUGGGCUGGAAGAAAGGAGAGCAGAACGGACAGGAGGAGAAAUGGUGCGAAAAGGCUGUCAAAAGUCUUGUGAAGAAGCUAAAGAGAACUGGACAAUUAGAAGAGUUGGAAAAAGCCGUCACGACACAGAAUGUCAACACAAAAUGCUUGACUAUACCCAGGUCAUUGGACGGACGUCUGCAGGUUUCCCAUCGAAAAGGCCUUCCUCAUGUGAUCUACUGCCGCUUGUGGCGCUGGCCAGACCUGCAGUCUCAUCAUGAGCUGAGGGCUGUAGAUCACUGUGAAUUUGCCUUUCACACCAAGAAGGAUGAAGUGUGUGUCAACCCCUAUCACUACCAGAGGGUGGAGACGCCAAUUCUGCCUCCUGUCCUAGUGCCACGUCACACAGAUAUUCCUGCUGAGUUCCCACCACUGGACGACUAUAGCCCGUCCAUCCCCGAAAAUACCAAUUUCCCUGCUGGCAUUGAGCCCCAGAGUAACUAUAUUCCAGAAACUCCCCCACCAGGGUAUCUGAGUGAGGAUGGUGAGACAAAUGAUCACCAACUCAGCCACAGCAUGGACACGAGUUCCCCCAGCCUGUCGCCCAAUCCCGUGUCACCAACAAACAACAAUCCCGGCUUACAACCUGUGACGUACUGUGAAUCGGCCUUCUGGUGCUCCAUCUCCUACUAUGAGCUGAACCAGCGUGUUGGGGAGACCUUCCAUGCAUCCCAGCCCUCCCUUACAGUAGAUGGAUUCACAGACCCCUCCAACUCUGAACGCUUCUGCCUUGGCCUGCUGUCCAACGUCAACCGUAACUCUGCCGUGGAGCUCACACGCAGACACAUAGGACGAGGUGUGAGGUUGUACUACAUUGGGGGCGAGGUGUUUGCAGAGUGUCUUAGUGACAGUGCCAUCUUUGUUCAAAGUCCAAACUGCAACCAGCGCUAUGGUUGGCAUCCUGCCACGGUGUGCAAAAUACCUCCAGGCUGCAACCUUAAGAUUUUCAACAACCAGGAGUUUGCCGGCCUCCUCGCUCAGUCUGUCAACCAGGGCUUUGAGGCUGUCUACCAGCUCACCAGGAUGUGUACCAUCCGCAUGAGUUUUGUGAAGGGCUGGGGAGCUGAGUACAGGCGUCAGACGGUGACCAGCACCCCCUGCUGGAUAGAGCUACAUCUCAAUGGUCCACUGCAGUGGCUGGACAAGGUCCUCACACAGAUGGGUUCCCCCAGCAUCCACUGCUCUAGUGUGUCCUGAGAGGAGCAAUCCUUCCCAAACAACUGAGAGCAACCAUAAUAGGAAAGAGACAGCAUUCAUCACAUGAAUGUCUCAUCAAAUGUAUAAAACCUUUUUUUUUGUAUUAUUUAGUGUCCCUAUUUGGUAGUUACAUUUGGAAGUUUAUUAGUUUUUAGAUGUUUUUUUUUUUUUAAAGCUUUCAGGUGAUAAAACAAAUUGUAUUUAUUGCUCAUUCAGACGCUAUGUCUGCCCUUGCUUUGUGGUUAUUUCACAAAGGAGAUUUGAUUUUUUUGGUUUGUGAAGUUGAAGUUAUGAUUUCAGCUUGACUGUUUUACACUUUUUUGAUUCUAUGAAUUAACAGCGAUUAAGAAUAUGCAACCAUAGCAUCCUCCAUGCUCGCUGAAUUGUGAGGCUUAUUUAAAAUUGAACCUUUUAAAAACAGGAAAUUAUUUAAUAGAAUAUAUUUAAUAUUUGAAGUAUAGAGUACUUUUCCCAGAUUUAAUGAUUUGCAUUAGGAAAAGCAUUAAGUAUGUAACUGAACAGUGGACUGGUAUUCUCUGUAAACAAUGAGAAAAAACAGGAAGUGAAAAGGAUCAUUGUUUCUGUAAAAGAACCCUUGUAUGAAAACUAUUUUCUUCAGUGAAAGAGACAUUUUCUAAGUUAUUUUUGCAUAUUGUCCAGCAUGGGAAUAUAUUUUUUAUUAUUGCCUCAAGAUGAUUGUACAGAAAUAUUUAUAGCCUGUAAUUUCACCUCAAUGCAUUGCUUGAAAUUGUGUGACUACUAGCAUGAGGCGGACUCACAUUAAGACGUAAGUCACCUAAAACCUGGCCUGCUUAAGCACGAAUGUUUCUGACCGGGUCAGUUGGUUCUACAGUGUAAAACACAAGAAUAAAUCUAAUAGGACAUGUGGCAUGCAUAUGUCCCAUUGGGUUAGGUUGGGCAAGGUUAUAUUGACAAUGGCUGUGCUUCAUCCAUUUGUGGGAUGUGGUGUGAAACCAUGCAGGUUUUUACCUGUUACAAACAAUUAAUCUGUGGUGCAACAUGCUCCGAGUGGGUAAGUUGUGCAGUCCCAUUAUACUGUGUGAACCAAUGUAAAGCUUUAGUUGUAGUAGCAGUUUGCCUGUCCAAUAAACACUGUAUAAUACAUGUGCAUUGUUCAGUAAUAGGCAUAUGUUACAUGCCUCUUGGUCACUGUCUCUGAUGCAGCCAUUUUAAUUCUGCACUUUGAGUGCACAAGAAUGAGGCACCAUGUAAUCUUUAGUGCAUCAGGUCGUGGGUAGAUCUGUACGAGUUCUGGUGUUCCUCAAUGUGAGUUGUGUCCCUGUGUAGUCUUACAUGUUUUAUUUUGAUGUGGUCUAAUUUGCCCAAAUGACCAUAAUUUUCAAUGUGAAAUAUGAAUAAAUCGAAACAGGAA